UUAGCGCAAGAUAUUUUUUUUUGGUGGAGGCUGCUUCCUUCUCCUCAAAGAAGAAAAAGACCUAGAAGAACACCUUUGAAUCAGUUGAAGUCGUUGUCUGUCUUUCUAAUAUCCGUAGGUUCGAGCAGUCUCUUACAAACCCUAGAAGCGAAGAAACUCUGGUGAUAGGGUUUGUCUAUCUAUCUCUCUGUUGGCGAUGACUAAUAAUAGUCGAAUUCAACAGAUUAUUUGAUAGUUUGCAAGACUUGGGUGGGCGUUAAAAUAAAAUAUGAGUGGUUCGGGAAGGAAACAUGUUUCUAAAUGGGACCACUCUAAGGAAGACACACAUCACCCUGGUAGCAUAGAUGAAAACUCAGCUUCUCAUUACCGUGACAAGGAUCCUCCCCAUCAUGUCCUGUUCAACGCAGACAGCAAUGCAAGUAGGAGGUCUGAGGAAGAUCACCAGCACUCUCGCCAAGAUAGGGCUAGAAGCAGAGUUUCACAGAACAACGAUAACAGUUACUAUCCUAAGCAAGAUGAAACUAGGCAGCAUUUUUCCCAUAGGAGUGAUAGUAGAAGUUAUAGCAGAAGUAGAAGCCGUAGCAGAAGCCCUGUCUGUAGAGCAAGGCGAGAUCAUCACGCAGGAUCUUAUGACAGACACAAGACCAGAACACGAGAUGAAUUUAACAAGAGAGGCGGUGACCCUAGGGAGACGAGAUAUCAUCACUCGAAUGAUUUCAGAGGUGCAAGGUCUUCAGACUAUGAUGAUGAAGAUACUGAGGGACGUUAUAGAAGGGAGCAUUUACAACAUGAUGGCGUUUCAGAUCCGAGGCUGAGAAGACAAAGAAGCGAGCUGACAGCAGGAGAGAAAGAAAAACAACGAAGGGGUUAUGAUGGUGAUGGUGAGGGACGGUUCCGCAGGAGCUGGGAGAUACCUUGCAAGUUUUUCGCAGCGGGGAACUGUCGUAACGGUCAGCAUUGCAGGUUUUCUCACCAUGGUGGUGCUGAUAGAAACCAAAACAACUUUUAUAGACAGGACAACAACAACUAUCAUAAAAUAUGGAAUGGUGAUGAAAGAUCGAGUAAAGGAGCUUCUGAAGCUAAAGGGAACGGUGGUAGUAGCUGGAUUGGUGAUAUGGAGAUGUCUCCAGAUUGGAACUACGGUGCUCAUAGUUUGAAAAAACGUAUCAAUGAAGAAGAGUCUGGUCAGAGUUCAAAGUCUCGAGUUGAUGAUCAGAGGAGCAGUGAUAUGCAUUCAUAUGGUGACAACAAACCCAUGGUUGAGAAACUUAGACCGGAUUUUCAUCAGAACUACAACAAUGUGGGAAACACCGCUCCACUUCAAGCAUAUAAUCAUAAUCAUCCUGCUGCUGCUGCUGCUGCUGCUGCUGCUACAGAUUUCUCGGUAGGCUUGAACUUAAGCCAUCCUGAGAGUGUAAAAGCUUAUCAAGAUAACCAUCAUUCAGUGGUGGAGAAAGCUGUUCCGGUCCAGAGUGGUCAUGUCACCAGGGAACAAAUAGAUCAGAUUAGCAAGAUCUCAGCUACUAUAGCUCACUUUCUUGCUAAUGGUGGACAGCCCAUUCCACAGCUUACACAAACAUUGCAAAUGCCCUUGCUUUCACAACCUUCCAUGGCUACUCAAAUUAACUCUGUGAGUAACAAAGGACUUGGGGUGAGCACUGAUGCUGAUGGAGCCCCACCAGUUACUGAUGCAUCACAAGUAAGCAACGUUGAUGGGGUUCAGGAACUACCGGUGGCUCCUGAGGAAAACAGAGACACAAAGACCACCAAUGAAGAAGCUAGUAAACAAGAAGAGUGUAAGAAAACUGGAGAAGAUGGAGAUGAAGAUGAUGAUGAGAGCAGCGGUGAAGAAGAAGACAAGAAAGAGAUGAAAGACCCGAAAGGAAUGAGGACGUUUAAGUUUGCGCUUGUUGAGAUUGUUAAGGAGCUUCUGAAACCAGCUUGGAAAGAAGGUAAGAUGAAGAAAGAUGGUUACAAGAACAUAGUGAAGAAAGUUGUUGAGAAAGUGACUGGUUCUAUGCAAAGUGGAAACGUUCCUACAACACAAGAGAAGAUUGACCAUUAUCUAUCCGCUUCCAAACCAAAGCUUACAAAGCUCGUUCAGGCAUAUAUUAGUAAAGUCAAGAAGACAUAAAUUCGAUAAAUGUAUUCUUAGAACCUGCUUAGUCUUUUUUAAGAAAGAUGAGAAGAUGAGGUGGGGCUCUCUGUUGUUGUCACCGUCUUUAGUCUUUAAGUUCUGUAGAUGUAUAUAGAGAUUUUCCCCCUAACUUUCCUCUCUCUUUUCCAACAUGGUGAUAUGGUCACAUAGACCAAGAUUGUGUUCUGUCCUUUUAUAGAAAUUUAGACCAGAUAUUCAGUGAUCCUCA